AUGGCGGAGCAACGGGCUAUUUCAAACUCUCCUCCAACACCCCCUUUGCGAGCGGCCGAUGCAGCACCUCCAACGACUACACCAGUUGUCCCCGCAAUGUCGCCCCAGGCUGCAGACUCAGUACUUGCGCCCCCAGAAUCUAAUCAAUCUCCCGAGACUGGCAUCGUAGGGGUGGCACUGGAAGCAGCUGUUCAGUCGCCAGAUGCAGUCGUUGAGGCCCAAGACGAGACGGAUGAUGAUGGUGACAGUUACCAAUCAGCAUCUGAAAGAGAUUCUAAGACCUCAACUACGCUGGCACCCACCAUUCGCCGGUAUACCUUUCCUAACGAUGAUGCUGAACAAGAACGGGAGGAUUUGAAGCACUCCAUGGUGGUCACUCUUUGCGGCGGGGCACUGCACAGUGCGCCCCUCAAGAAUCCUCAACAGAUCCUCGAUGUCGGUACCGGGACUGGCAUCUGGGCAAUUGACACUACGGUUACUGGCAUAGAUCUGAGCCCUAUUCAACCUCCAUAUGUCCCAACCAAUGUUGCUUUCAUCGUUGACGAUGCUGAAGCAGAAUGGUUGUACCCAGAAAACUCCCUUGAUUACGUUCAUGUGCGAAACAUGGGAGCUGCGAUCAAAGACUGGGAGAAAUUGCUUGCCGCCUUGAAGCCAGGAGGCUGGAUUGAACUCCAGGAGAUGAAGUGGAACUUCAAUUGCGACGAUGACACAAUGCCCUCAGACUAUGCUCUCACCAAGAUGAUGAAGCUUGUUUGGGAAGGUCUGGGAAAAUUCGGUAUCGAGGCAGAUGUUGCCGACGUCAACCCCAAACGCCUUGAGGACGCGGGCUUUGUCAAUCAAGUCGAGGAUGUUCAAAAGUUUCCCGUAGGCGAGUGGCCAAAGAGAGAAGACCUGAAAAUGAUUGGAGCAUACUGCAAAGCUGUUCUCUACGACGGCAUACAUGGGGUCACAGUUGGCCCACUUACACGAGGUCUAGGGUGGUCUGCCCAGGAAGUCGACAUCUUCUUGAUCGAUGUACGGAAGGAUCUCACGAAUACUGGUAUCCACUCGUAUGUGUUCUACCACUCUGUUGCGAGUCAAAAACCGAAGGAAAGUACCUCUUAA